AGACCCGGUCAGGACAGGGGUCGGGUCGGGUGGUCUGGUGUGAGACGUCUAUCUCACUUUACCUGUAAAUUACAACCAUAGCGACAGACACAAGGUCAGAUUUAUUGAGUGUGCAGGACGCAAAGGAUCGUUUUCCUUUCCUCUUUCGAUACGGGAACAGUUUCGUUUUUGAGCUGCUCAGUUAUUUAUUUGCCCUCAUUCAUUUCUUCUAUUUGUUGAAUGUCAAAAGUUAGUUGUCCAAAUAUUUGCGUCGUUAGUGUUUGUUCAGGUUCCUUGUUUCCCGUGAUUCUCAUCCGGCUGCUCGUUGCGUGAUUUUUUGGAUACAUUGUGAUUCAUUUUUGUCCGGGAUACUUGGAGAUGGCGCAGUGGCAGGACCUGCUGAGGCUGGACUCGUCUCUCCAGAGCCGUGUGAGGCAGCUGUACGGGGAGACCACGUUCCCCAGAGACAUCCGACACUUUCUGUGCUUCUGGAUCGAGAGCCAAGACUGGGAUUCGGCCGCUGUGAACGAAGCUCAAGCCAACACGUACUUCAGUUCUUUCCUUCUCCAUUUGGACGAACAGUGGAAACGUUCUGUUGAGGAGAACAACAUUUUGCAGGCGCCUGAUUAUUUAAGGAUGAAGAAUUAUUUAAAGGAGAACUUUGAAAAUAAUCCACUAAACUUGGCCAUACGUCUCUCUUGGUGCCUUAAGGAGGAAAAGAAAAUCCUGGAUUCAAUCUCUCAGGAGCAGGGCUGCAUGGGUCAAAGCAUGGAACAACACUGGACGGAGUUGCACAACAAAGUCAGCAAACUGAAACAGCAGGCUUCGGAGAUCAAGAAGGAAAUUAAGAUGCUGGAGAAUCUAAAUGAGAAGCUCGACUUCAUACUGAAGACCUGGCAAAGCAAAGUGGAGCAGCACAAUGGGUUGGCUCAGUCCCAGAGAUUUGUGGAGAUGGAGUGUUACAAGCUGACAGACAUCAUCCUGCAAAAAAGACAGAUUGUGCCGGACCGUGUGGUCAGCAUUUUAAAAUGUGCCGAGCAGAUUGUGACCACUCUCACUGAUGUGGAGCUGCCUGCGUGGAAACACAAGCAGCAGAUGUCCUGUCUGGGACGUCCCGUUGACACCAGCCUGGACCACCUUCAGCAGUGGUUUACGACCGUCGCUGAGGUGCUGCUAGAAAUACACAAACAGCUGCAGAAGCUGCAGGAACAGGACAACAAAUACAGCAGCUGCUACGGUGUUUCCCUCGCAGCUUCACUCGCUGAAAUGCAGACGUUCGGCCAGUCCUUGCUCGCGAAGCUUCUCACAAAUGCUCUUGUUGUUGAGAAACAACCCGUCAUGCAAAGUUUACCACAGCGGCCUCUAAUAAUCAAGACCGGGGUGCAGUUCAAAGUGACAGUGAGGUUCUUAGCAAACAUCCCUGAUUUUAAGUGCAUGCUUAAAGUCAAACCAGUAUUUGACAAGGACGUUGAAGAGACCAAGACGGGCAGCGGGUUCCGUCUCUUUGAUUUCAACAGGAGCGACAGCAAAGUGCUGGAUGUGGACACACCUGAUAGAGGCUUGACCGCAGAGUUUGACCACAUGUCCAUUACAGAGAAAAGGUCAAGAACAAAAGGAUUGUGUGAGAGUCGUCUCAUCGUCACUGAGGAGCUCCACAUCAUUAAGUUUGUGACGGAGUUGCACAGCGCAGGGCAGACGUUCAGCAUUGAGACCAGCUCCCUUCCUGUGAUCGUCGUAUCCAGCUCCAACCAGGUCCCCAGCGCCUGGGCCUCCAUCAUCUGGUACAACAUGUUGUGCCAGAGCAGUUCCAUGAACCUGUCGCUGUUCGUCAGCCCUCCUCCGCUGCCCUGGACUCAGCUGUCUCAGGCUCUGAGCUGGCAGUUUCUGUCCGUCGGUCAACGAGGACUCGACGACGACCAGCUCUCCAUGCUCCGAGACAAACUCGUGGGUGACGAUCCUGACGAUCUCGUGCACUGGAGCAACUUCUCCAAAAAUGAAUGUGCCUGGAUUUGGAUUGAUGGGAUUCUGGAUUUGAUUAAGAAAUACCUGGUGGAUCUGUGGCGGGACGGGUCCAUCAUGGGCUUCGUGAGCAGGGGCAGAGCUCGGCUGCUGUUGCAGACAACGAAAACCGGGACUUUUCUGCUGCGCUUUAGCGAGAGCAACAAAGACGGAGCGAUCACCUUCAGCUGGGUGGACAGGGACGCCAAUGGAGAGCCUCACGUGCAUUCGGUGGAGCCUUACAUUAAGACGGAGCUGAAGACGAUAUCUCUGCCAGACAUUCUUUACCGCUACAGUCUGACGACGCAGCGAAAGACCAGGAAUCCUCUGAUCUACCUUUACCCUGACAUCCACAAAGACGUCGCCUUCAAGCGCUACUGCAAAAUCACAGAAGAAUCAUCACAUCAGAGCGGAAACGGGUACGUCAACAGGAAACUUAUCAGCGUAUCUGUGAAUCCUACACCUCCUCCAUCUCCACCCGCUGUGCUACUGGAAGAUGAUGACAUGGACAUGGACACAUAUAAUGACCCAACUGAACUGUUGAAGGAGCUGGGAUUUGAUGUCUUCUGGCCGUCAGGGAACCCUCUGCUCUACUCACCGCUGCCUGUGUCCAGCUUUGAAGAGCCUCCCUCCCCCCACCCACCCAUCCUCUAAAUAUAUAUAUAUAUAUGUAUAUGUACAGCUGAUCAAAUGAACUAUCAAUGCCACAAUGUGAUUGUUUUGCUGUUUUUUUUUUAAGGAAAAAAUAAAUCCGGAUCCUGUAGCCGUUCUUUAUAUUUGUUUAUUAAAAUAAACAUUUGUUUGCAUUCCAGUGCCAAGAGAAGUAACAACUGCGUUGUACAAUACUGAACGUCCAGCGGAAUAACGUCAUUCGUACACAUUCAGUCGUCUCAAGACUUUACAGUCCCAAAAAGAAAAUAAAUAAUUCGUAGCCUUCCCUCACUCUGUGUAAAAUCUGUAGCCGGCAAAUCCACUAAUGUAGCUACCUGACGAGUUAAAGGUGCAACUGACCAUUUAUUGAACAUGUUUUAUUUGUAUGAUAAAAAUCAUCAUCUUUGAAAUAAAAGGAAUGAAAC